UCGCCUAUUUAACAGCGCCUUCUUAGAGUUCUGCGCUACAUCUAUCUGCGUUAUUUAAAUUCCAAUGAUUAUUCGUGUCCAGUCACCAAAUGGGACAAAGAAAAUAGAAUUGGCUGAAUCUGAAAGUUAUGAUAAAUUUAUAAGCUUGGUUUGCGAGCGGUUUGGGAUAAAUAGAAACGAUGGUUGGUGCCUCUCGCGUACCCAUAGUCACACUGAACGAUUGAAUGCACGGUCGAAUGCACGUAUUUCGAAACUUGGUUUAAAGCAUGGUGACCUACUCUUCUUGUUGGAUUUUGUCGACAAAGAGAAGCAAAAAGUUUCUAAUGACUUGGAUUAUGUUGGUGACAACACAAGUGUAUCAGCUCAAACAAACGACAUUGAUUCACCGGACAAUCGUAAAUGGUCUUCUUCGUGGAUAGUAGAGGAUAAAGUUGAUCAAGAAAUGGCAAAAAUGGAUGGUCGUAUACACCGGAAAAGAAAUGAACAAUUGUGUCAUCAUUCUGUAUCUGGGCAAUGCAUUCAUUGUGUUCCCCUUGAGCCUUUUGAUUCGGAGUAUUUAGGGCAUUUAGAUCCACCUGUGAAAUAUAUGUCAUUUCAUGCAUAUCUACGUAAAUUAACUGGCGGGCAUAGCAAGGGUAAAUUUGCCUUCUUGGAGAAUUUAAGCUGUCGUAUCCGUCCAGGUUGUCGUGAUCAUCCUGCCUGGCCUGAUGGUAUUUGUACAAAAUGUCAACCGAAUCCAGUAACCUUAGAAAUUCAAGCAUAUCGUCAUGUGGAUUUUGUACAAUUUGAAAAUCCUCAAUUAAUGGAUACAUUUCUGGACUAUUGGCGACAGACUAAUUGUCAACGUAUCGGUAUUCUACUUGGACGUUAUGCUCACUUUGAUGCACCCGGUUCCCCACCAUUGGCAAUAAAAGCUGUUGUCGCUGCAAUUUAUGAACCAGCUCAAGAAUCCACAUCUAGAUCAGUGAAAUUGACUGAUCCACUUGACAGAGUUUUUCCAAAACAUGCUGCAGAAGUUGCUAAACGAAUCGGUCUACAACCUGUUGGAUGGAUUUUUACAGAUUUAGUUGCUCAAAAUCCAGGUGGCAAUGGCGUAGUGAAGCAUUUUCGUGGGACUGUUGACACAUUCUUUUUAAGCGCUGAAGAGUGUAUCACAGCUGCACGCUUUCAAAAUUUGCAUCCAAAUAUCUGUCGUCUUAGUCGAGAUGGGUGUUUCGGAUCGAAAUUUGUCACUGUUGUCGUCACCGCUGAUGCAUCAAAUCAUAUUCAUUUUGAAGCUUAUCAAGUGAGUAAUCAAGCUAUGGCAUUGGAGAAGGAUAAUAUUCUAGUACCAACAUAUGAUGCACCUGAAUUGGGUUAUAUUCGAGAGACUACAAGAGAACAAUUUGUACCGGAAGUAUUUUAUGCGACAAACGAUAAAUAUGGCAAUUGUGUAACACGUGUAGCUCGUCCUUUACCAGUGGAAUUUUUACUCAUCAAUAUGCCAACAGCUUUCCCAAUUGAACCAGCGUAUACAAUGGCUAAAAUACCGGAUGACUUUCCUGCUAAUUGCCGUUUUCCUAUUGAAAAUCGUGAAUGUCUUGGUCAAAUUCAACAAAGCAUGCCUCACCGCUUUCGGCCAAUAGCAUAAGAAUCUGAGUCCCUCCGCAACCUUAACCCAACCAACUCUGGGUAUUCGGGUGGUGCCAUCGGCUGUCUUACUACAAGUUUCAGCGUAGAUUUGAGAACUCACGACCAUUGGUUAUCUGUUUUGUCUUAGGUUGAGACUCUUCAGGAGUACACAGUCAUGAUCCACUCUACAAAGGAUUGGACCCAAGACCUUCUGCUGUCAAGGUGAGUCCUUUGACUAUUUAGUCACUGAAUUCGAAUUGAAUGAUUCACGGGUUGUAAUUUCUGUGAUUUGGUUAUGUUACAAUAUACCAAUGAUCCUAAUGAAUCCGGUCUCUUAACCUGAAGGUUCUGUGUUCACAAUUACUGUGUGCUCACUCCUGAAGCAGCCAUAUACCUGUCAAUCCAUCUUGAUUUUUUCCAGCUGAUAUAUUAAUUCUUGACAAAAUCUACAUCGAAAUUGUCUGUAUCCGUAUUGCAUCAUGGGGCGACCAGUAUCGCUCUGUGUAGAUUUCUUCAUGCACUUAUUCCUCUUUAUAAUUUUAAACAGCAAAAACCAAAUGUUUAUAUAGAAUAAUAUGAGGUCAUCAUUUAUUCCGUUGGAUUCUGUUCAGUUGCUUACAACCUAAAAGUUGGUUAUGUAAAUGUACACAAAACUUUGUCAUACUUGUAAUGAUCUAUAUGAUUUUUGUUAAGAGGCACACAUGUUAAUGAACAAUGCUCAGAAUUUCCACUUAUGUAACUUAUAAAGGAGAUCAAGGUUCAAACAAAAUUUCAGACAUACAAAAUUAAUGUUCGGAUACAUUGAAAACUGAAUUACAUAGUCAAGACAAGAGGCGAGAAGUUGAUGAUUGAGAUGAAGGGAUGAGAUAUCGAGUCACCAAUGCAAAGAAGGACUAAUAAGUCAAUGUUCCUGAGCACAUAAUUCAGCUUUUAAAGGUUUAAUGGCGAUCGCUUCAGUUAAUUUGAGUGGAGGAGAGUUGUAUUGCUUAAUAAUAAUCUUGAAGGAUUUCAUGCUGCCUACCUCAAGGCCCGUAUCAAUAAGAUGUCUGGCAAUAGCACCGUCCAUAGCAUUUGUUGCCUUGAGACGUAAAUGUUUUGGUACAUGUUCAGAGAAUCAGCCGAAGAUAAGCUCUUCACUCGGUUCCCCCAAUUGAUACGCAACACUUUUCCUACACAAGGCCCAACCGAUAGCUGUUGUCUUGAUUUGUCGACUGGUCGGGCUUGUAUAUCACGGCCGCUUAAUGAGCCAUGCUGCCUGGGACGUGUGUUCCUGCAGAUCUCGCC